CGCGGCCGGGGCCGGCAGGAGCGCGGAGCCGCCGCCGCUGCCGCCUCGGCCAUGCGGCUCCCGGGCCGGGGGCCUGGGCUCGGGCCCGCGCCGCCCCUCGCGCGUCUCCCCCGCUGAGCCCGCGCCCGGCCGGGGCGCCGCCGGCACCAUGGUGCAGAAGUCGCGCAACGGCGGCGUGUACCCCGGCCCGAGCGGGGAGAAGAAGCUCAAGGUGGGCUUCGUGGGCUUGGACCCCGGCGCGCCCGACUCCACCCGGGACGGCGCGCUGCUCAUCGCCGGCUCCGAGGCUCCCAAGCGCGGCAGCAUCCUGAGCAAGCCGCGCGCGGGAGGCGCGGGCGCCGGGAAGCCCCCGAAGCGCAACGCCUUCUACCGCAAGCUGCAGAAUUUCCUGUACAACGUGCUGGAGCGGCCGCGCGGCUGGGCGUUCAUCUACCACGCCUACGUGUUCCUGCUGGUCUUCUCCUGCCUCGUGCUGUCGGUCUUCUCCACCAUCAAGGAGUACGAGAAGAGCUCGGAGGGAGCGCUCUACAUCUUGGAAAUCGUGACCAUCGUGGUGUUCGGUGUGGAGUACUUUGUGCGGAUCUGGGCGGCGGGCUGCUGCUGCCGGUACCGCGGCUGGAGGGGGCGGCUCAAGUUCGCCCGGAAGCCCUUCUGUGUGAUAGACAUCAUGGUGCUCAUCGCCUCCAUUGCUGUGCUGGCCGCCGGCUCCCAGGGCAACGUGUUCGCCACGUCGGCGCUCCGCAGCCUGCGUUUCCUGCAGAUCCUGCGCAUGAUCCGCAUGGACCGGCGCGGCGGGACCUGGAAGCUGCUGGGCUCCGUGGUCUACGCCCACAGCAAGGAGCUGGUGACGGCUUGGUACAUCGGUUUUCUGUGCCUCAUCCUGGCCUCCUUCCUGGUUUACUUGGCGGAGAAGGGGGAGAACGAUCACUUUGACACGUACGCCGAUGCCCUGUGGUGGGGCCUGAUCACCCUGACGACCAUUGGUUACGGGGACAAGUACCCCCAGACCUGGAACGGGAGGCUCCUGGCCGCCACCUUCACCCUCAUUGGCGUCUCCUUCUUCGCUCUUCCCGCGGGCAUUCUGGGGUCUGGCUUUGCUCUGAAAGUUCAAGAGCAACAUCGGCAGAAGCACUUUGAGAAGAGGCGGAACCCUGCGGCAGGCCUGAUCCAGUCGGCCUGGAGGUUCUACGCCACCAACCUGUCCCGCACGGACCUCCACUCCACGUGGCAGUAUUAUGAGCGCACGGUGACUGUGCCCAUGUACAGCUCGCAAACUCAAACCUACGGGGCCUCCAGACUCAUCCCGCCCCUGAACCAGCUGGAGCUUCUGCGGAACCUUAAGAGCAAAUCCGGGCUCACCUUCAGGAAGGAGCCUCAGCCGGAGCCGUCUCCCAGGCCGGCGGGAGACUUUCUGUGCGGCCCCCUCACGGCCGCUGCUUGGACGCGGGCGCGGUGGGCGGACCCCAAGCCCAGAGCCGCGGCCGCAGGUAAAGGCAGACCGUGCAGAGAGUCCCUGUGUGGAUGCUGCCCCGGACACACUAGUCAGAAGGUCAGUUUGAAAGACCGUGUCUUCUCCAGCCCCCGAGGUGUGGCUGCCAAGGGCAAGGGGUCCCCUCAGGCCCCGACCGUCCGGCGGUCUCCCAGCGCCGACCAGAGUCUGGAGGACAGCCCGAGCAAGGUACCGAAGAGCUGGAGCUUUGGGGACCGCAGCCGGGCGAGGCAGGCCUUCCGGAUUAAGGGCGCGGCGUCCCGACAGAACUCGGAAGCGAGCCUCCCCGGGGAAGACAUCGCAGAAGACAUUAAGAGCUGCAACUGCGAGUUUGUGACGGAAGAUCUGACCCCGGGCCUCAAAGUCAGCAUCCGGGCCGUGUGUGUGAUGCGGUUCCUGGUGUCCAAGCGCAAGUUCAAAGAGAGCCUGCGGCCGUACGACGUGAUGGAUGUGAUUGAGCAGUACUCGGCCGGCCACCUGGACAUGCUGUCCCGCAUCAAAAACCUGCAGUCCAGGAUAGAUAUGAUUGUGGGCCCCCCACCCCCUUCAACUCCCCGGCACAAGAAGUACCCCACCAAAGGACCCACGGCCCCUCCGAGAGAGUCACCCCAGUACUCACCUAGAGUGGACCAGAUCGUGGGGCGGGGCCCGGCGAUCACCGACAAGGACCGCACCAAGGGCCCGGCCGAGGCGGAGCUGCCCGAGGACCCCAGCAUGAUGGGACGGCUGGGAAAAGUGGAGAAGCAGGUCCUGUCCAUGGAGAAGAAGCUGGAUUUCCUGGUGAACAUCUACAUGCAGCGGAUGGGCAUCCCCCCGACGGAGACGGAGGCCUACUUUGGGGCCAAGGAGCCAGAGCCCGCACCGCCGUACCACAGCCCCGAGGACAGCCGGGAGCACGGGGACAGGGGCGCCUGCAUCAUCAAGCUUAUCCGCUCAGCCAGUUCCACGGGCCAGAAGAACUUCUCGGCGCCCCCGGCCCAGUGCCCGCCGUCCACCUCAUGGCAGCAGCAGUGCCCCCCGCGCCAGGGCCACGGCACCUCCCCCGUGGGUGACCCCGGCUCGCUGGUGCGGAUCCCGCCCCCUCCUGCCCACGAGCGGUCGCUCUCGGCCUACAGCGGGGGCCCCCGGGCCAGCACGGAGUUCCUGAGGCACGAGGGGGCCCUGCGGGACAGCGACACGUCUAUCUCCAUCCCGUCGGUGGACCACGAGGAGCUGGAGCGCUCGUUCAGCGGCUUCAGCAUCUCCCAGUCCAAGGAGAACCUGGACGCCCUCAACAGCUGCGGUGCGGCCGCCGCACCCUGCGCCAAAGUCCGGCCCUACAUCGCGGAGGGCGAGUCGGACACGGACUCGGACCUCUGCACCCCCUGCGGGCCCCCGCCACGCUCCGCCACCGGGGAAGGCCCUUUCGGCGACGUGGGCUGGGCCGGGCCCCGGAAGUGAGGCCGCCCGCCGGCCUCUCCCUAACUCGGCCUUCCAGGGGUGCGGACGCGACUCUCCCGGGCCCUUUCCUCAGAGCGACUCGGGUGGGGCCUGUGGGGGUGACGGCAGGCGGGGGGGGGGUGUCUCACGUGGCAAAGGCUGACAAGAGUUUCUUUUCUAACGAGGGGCAGCCCGGCCGGCCGUGCCCACUGUGAGACCGUUGGCGCGGGUGCUGCGGGGGUGACAGCAUAGGACAGGCCCCCGGCAGUGGGGAGGAGGCACAGGGCGCCGGUGAGGGCGGCUGCUGUGGGAGGGCCGGGGCCUUGAGGCUUAGUGGGGAGGGAGCCACGGCCUGUGCCUGCGGCGGCAGGAGGUACGACUGUCCCAUUGAGUGUGGCUUAUCCUUGUCCCUCGGUCCCUGUCCCCGCUGUCCCUGCACGGCAGGCGUGCAUGAUGGGCCGUCUUCCAGAGAGCUGCUGGUCAGCACCGCCUCCCCCCACCCCUGGGUCCGCACCAGUCCCGAGUCCAGGAUGCUGGCCUGGACGGGAAGGGCUGAGGUGAGGCCCCAGCACCUCCCAGCGUGGGCUCCUGGGGGGCGGGUUGCUCCCUAGGCCUCUGGAAGAGGGUCCUCAGAGGCUCCCACAGCCAGAGGAGAUCUGGGGAUGGGCCGCCCGUGUUCUGUCUGUUCUGCUUAGGCUGGACACCAGCCACCAGGCCUUGACCAGCUCCGAAAGGAGACCCGUGCGCAGGGAGCACACUGGGUGGCUUGGGGCACAGCCAGGCUGGGCUCCUGUUUCCAGGUCCCAGGGCCAGGGGGUUGGUGACCAGAUUCACAUGGUGUCUUUCACUGGGGGUCUUGCCUCCCUGGUCCCUCCCUGGGGCCUUGACAGGACCGGGGCGGGACAGUGAUGCUCUAAGCCCUGGGAAAACCCUUUGAAGCCUCUUGAGGGCUUUGGGGUCCCCUCCCUCUGCAGGGUUCAAGCAGCUCUCUCCUGUAGGAAGCCUCUUUUGUCCCCACUGGAGCUGACCGUCCACACACCUGCUCUCCACUGACCUGGCCCUUGCCUGGGACUUCUUGAGAGUCAAGGAUGCCCAUCUCCACCCUGGCCUCAAGGAGCAGGGACCCCCAUCUCUCCUGGGGCAGGCCCCUUGGCCCCAGGGACGGCAGCUGUGGUUUCCCUUCCAGGCCCUCAGCGGUCAGUGUGUGUGGGCAUCUGGCAGUUGGGACCACGGGUCUGGUCACCUGGCGCUCUCUGAGGCGGUGACCUCGUGUGCACUAGGGCUGGGCGCAGCCAAGCCCGCUAUGGAGCGACGUCCCCGGAAAGCUACCUCUGGGGAGAGCCCCGAGUGGGACUGGAAGGGCCAGUAACAGAGUCGCUCCUGCCCUCUGGGAAGCGUGCAGGAAGCGGUGUCAAGGGUCCCGGGCUCUGGGCCUGGGGUCCCGCGGCUCUCCUUGGGGACUCGUGUCUGUUGAGCAGGUGGGGCCACGGCUGCGGGCGCUGCCCCUUCCCCGGUCCUGCUCUGGGCACCUCCUUGCCUGACGGGCAGCCAGAGGUUGGGCCUGUGUUUGCCCAAGGGUGGCUCCCAGAGCGGGAGGACAAGGCUCAGAGUCCGGGACCCGGCGCGAGGACACCCCCUCCCCAGCCUUGGGGAGGGGCAGGCGUGGAGGCGCGUGGCCCCACGGCCUGGAGGGGAGGGGUUUGGAGCUCUGCUCACGCCGAUGAACUGUGUUGCUGAGGGCAGUGUUUCUCUGGCCUUGGGCCUCACGGUGGUGAGAAGUCCGUGCCAGCGCAGAUACCGCGAGCGCCUGAUGUGGCCUGUGUGUUGUGGCCCUGCAAGCGGGCCCUCCCGUCGCUGCUGCCUCUGGGCUCAGCUCCCUUUACCCUCCUGCCACGGGGGACUCGGGCUGCAGGCCCCUGGGCAGGACAGGAACCACGGGGUGGCACGGCCACAUCCGUCCCCAGCUCUGGCCCCGUGCCAGCAACGGGGACCCCUCUGCUGCCCGGUCUUGGUCGUUGGGGGCUCCAGGGCCUGUGCCAUGCGCCCUUGGGAGCCAAGGACGCCGGCCUCGGAGGGGCAGGGGCUCCCGCAGGCUGCAGCGGCCGGCAGGUCCCGCAUCCAAGGAGUGUGUGAGGCCUCCUGCGUGGAGUCUCUGCCCCCUUGGAAGGAAGGCUGGUUUUGGGUACAGGCGGUAGAGAUGGCAUUGUAAAGGCGCCUUCUUGGGACCCGCAGAGCCAGGCCCGACAGCGUGUGCACCCCGGGUCCCGCCUCCAGAGGGGUAAGAGCAGGAGGAGGCCGGUGCUGUCACAGGGCGUCUGCGGGGCGCGUGUGACAGGAGCGGGGCUCUGGGCAGCUGUCACCCUUGGCAGGUGCGGCAGGGUUUCCUGAGAUCCGGGGGAGGCUGGAGUCUGUGCUCACAUCUGGGCACACACACGCGUGUGCGCACACUUGCUGUGCUCCUGACUCCUGUGGCUUUCGUCUGAUCUUUCUGUCUGGGUCUGCCCACUUCGAGCCCCAAGGAAUGGACACAUGGAGUGACAGGUGCUCCUGUGCCCAGGCUCCUGGGCAGCACAGGCAGAGGGGCCCCUUGGCCCCAUCCAGGGUCCCACACGCCUCACAUCCGCUGCCCGGCAGCUGUCCAGGAGCUGGACAGCCGUGUGGCACCAUGUGCCACCACACGGUGUGGGCUGGGCCGGGAAGCUCUGGGUGUCCAGUUGUGACCCUCAGGCCCUGGCCACCUCCCUCUGCCCUCCUUGGCCAUGUGGGUGUUGUCCCUCUCUCUCUGGCAUAUUGAGGCCCUGCAUCUCCCUCUUGUCCACAUGCUCUGAGCCGUGACCUUGCUAGUCCUCCCUGGAGGAUGGGGGGGCCCUGGCUACGUGGCAGAGGCCCCCCUGGCCCGUCCACCUGUCCCCUCCCCGUGGAAGGCCCACUGUCCUCCCCACCUGCGGGGGCUGCUCUGCAGCCCGGUUUGGAGGCCCCGGGAGCCCGCCCUGCCGGGACUGCUGUGUGGAAGCCUACGGGCUUAGGGCAGGUCGUGACCUGCCCCGUGGCCAGCCCUACUCCCCGAGCCCAGAGCACACGAGCCAGCCGGGCACUGUCGGCGUCUUUAACGUGGUGAUUUAGCUUAACUGACCUUCUCCCCUCGUACUAGGCUGGAGUCCCCCGGUGGUCACCGAUUCGACACAGUAACACGGAAGCCAAGGGGGCGACAUUCUCUCCUCCACUGGCCCCAGGUUCAGGGGCCCUCCGUAGAGCAGGUGCCCCCUGCCUGUGCCGGGUGUGGAUGGAAUCGGCCCUGAGACGUUUUUAGACGCUUCUUGAAGCCCAGAGGUGUGGAUGGCCCCUGGGAGGCCUUUGUAGAAAUGCUGAUGUUUGUAUCUAUUUCGUAUUCUCCCCAAAUUGUAAAUAAUGUACAGAGCGGUGGGCUCAGGGGUUCGUCCCUGACGUGACGCUGCAAGACCAGAGUGAAGACGCAGGGUCCCACCCUCCGAUGUCACAAGCCCUUGAAAUAAACGUGGUGUGCAGAGGGACAGCCUGACAGCCCGCGGAGGGUUUGGGGGCCCCCAGCAGCGUGGCUGGGUCCCGAGCAGCCGGUGGGGCUCCGUGCCCCUGGUGCCCCCCAGUGCUCAUGGCUCCCUUCCCGACCAACGCUGUCCUGAGUCGUCCUCGGCUGCCUUCCGUGACCCUGGAGCGGAUCUUCAGGCCACCUGCUUGGAUGGGCCGAAGCUGGGCGAGGGGCAGGAGGCCUGGGUGGGGCCCGGAAGGAAUGGGCUGCUGCUCCUGGCACCAGGGAGGCUGUGUGUUGUCCCAGGCCAGCUGCCCUCCCCUGGGCCCCUGCCAAGCCCUAAGUAGGAGAGACAGCCAGGGAGGACUUCCUGAAAGAGGCGGCAUGGUGGGACUGGAACCCAGGAACCCAGGAAAGCCAGCUGCCUAGGCUAGGGCCCUGGUGGCCUCUGGAGCAUGCACGGGCGGUGGCCACGGUUCACUGGAUAGGCCAUCUUGUGGGGAGGCGGGCUGACGGCAGACCCCAGAAGGAGACGCGGCGGGGAGAGAAGCUUCAGCAAACAGGGUAGAGAGAGUGAGGAAGACCCGCUCCCUGGCAGGUGAGACCCUCCGUCCACCUCUCAAAGGCACCCGUAGGGUUGGAGGAAUUGGGGGGGCCUCUGGUCUCGACACCCGGUGGGCAGAGGAUUCCAGGAAGAGCCUGGGGACCGCCCAGGUCAGGUGCAGGGGGAGGCGCCCCCGGGGGUGGCGCUGUGUUCUGGCCCCCCAGUGCCGUAUGCCCAACUCUGGCUGGGUUUCAUAAUGUCGUUGCCUUAAUGCACGUGGACGGAAAUUCACCGAGGUCGCCCCAGGCCCCCGGCGUCUGCCCGGCACCGCAGCCUGCCCCCUCGUCCACGGGACCGGCGCUAUGGUCGGACGGACCAGGAACUGGCCCUGUGCCCGCCGGGACCCUCCUCCCCCCGUCCCGCGCCUGCCCCUGCCGCUCGCUGCCCCGCGGCCCCCACCCGUGCUGCUGCCUUGGCCGUCUGCACUUUUUUCAUGCUCCAAAGAGUUCUUCAUUUGCCUUCAGUACUGACGUGCCCUUCCGACCACGUGUAUGCACCCCUGCACCACAGCCGCCGGGCCUUUCUGUUUCGUGAAUGUGUCACCACCGCACACUCGACCCUCGACUCGCGCAUUGUCCGUUUUCUAGGGAUAGAUGCCCAGGGAAUGAACUCUAGUUUUGUACGGACCAGCCGAGACACUAACUUCUCAACUCACUGUCCGCUUCACACUUGUCCCCGAGAAUGGGGCCUGGCCUGGGUUUGCCCGGCGACUUCAGGGGUGGAAUCCGGCAGCAGGGACGCAUGUGAAAAGUUCCGGGAAGUUCUACUGCCACGGGGACCUGUCCGGAAGCCCAGUGGACCUGUGCACUUAGUAAAACACAGUGAUUCAACCUG